AUGCCCGCCUACCACUCGAAAUUCGACACGGAAAUCAAGGUGUUGCCGUUGGGCAACACGAACAUGGGCAAACUGCCCAUUCGCACCAAUUUCAAGGGUCCGGCGCCGCAAACCAAUCAGGACGACAUCAUCGACGAGGCACUGAACUACUUCAAGCCAAACAUCUUUUUUCGGGAGUUUGAGAUCAAGGGACCCGCCGAUCGUACGAUGAUCUAUCUGAUCUUCUACAUCACCGAGUGUCUUCGGAAGCUUCAGAAGAGCCCCAACAAGAUUGCCGGUCAAAAGGAUCUCAACGCGCUGGCCCUAUCUCAUCUGCUGCCAAUCCCCGGGGAAAAUGGAUUUCCACUGAACUCAAUGUACAAAUCGCCACAAUCCAAGCCGGAUGAGGAUGAGAUGCGUGCCUACCUUCAACAGAUUCGCCAGGAACUCGGAGCUCGGCUGUGUGAGCUCGCAUUCCCGGAGCCCAACGAUCGUCCGUCGAAAUGGUGGCUGUGUUUUGCGCGUAGACGUUUCAUGGACAAGGGAUUGGUUGGACAGGGUGUUCAGCUCUGA